AUGGCGCAGGAACGUUCCGGAAUCGUGGUCGGUCUGAACAAGGGCCACAAAACCACCCCUCUCAACACCCCCAAGACCCGGAUCAGCCGCACCAAGGGCCAGUCUUCCCGCCGCACUGCCUUCGUCCGUGACAUCGCCCGCGAGGUUGUCGGUCUUGCCCCCUAUGAGCGUCGUAUCAUCGAACUUCUGAGAAACACUCAGGACAAGAGAGCUCGUAAGCUCGCCAAGAAGAGGCUCGGUACCUUCUCCCGUGGCAAGAGAAAGGUUGAGGACAUGCAGAGAGUCAUCGCCGAGUCCAGACGUGUGGCUGGUCACUAA